AAACAAGAGAGCGGGUCUGUCGAAUAAUUCUGGUGAUAACGGUAACGAUUACAAAACAGAGGGUUACAGAAAUCCUAUCAACCCACUGAAAGAGACGGACCAAGGCUGUUGUCAGUACCAGAGACUGCAGAGACAUGCUCACUAAGAACACUGUAGAAGAUCCAUAUAAUGCUGAAGAAAAUUCGGACAUCCACACUGUAGAAGAUCCAUAUAAUGCUGAAGAAAAUCCAGAGAACCACACUGCUGGAGAUCGAUAUAAUGCUGAAGAAGAUCCGGACAACCACACUGUAGAAGAUCCAUAUAAUGCUGAAGAAAAUCCGAACAACCACACUUUAGAAGAUCCAUAUAAUGCUGAAGAAAAUCCGGACAACCACACUGUAGAAGAUCCAUAUAAUGCUGAAGAAAAUCCGGACAACCACACUGUAGAAGAGCCAUAUAAUGCUGAAGAAAAUCCAGAGAACCACACUGCUGGAGAUCGAUAUAAUGCUGAAGAAAAUCCAGACAACCACACUGCUGGAGAUCCAUAUAUUGCUAAAGAAAAUCCUGACAACAAUACGGGAUUCACUUUGAAUGUAAUGAACCCUCCCAAUAAAAAUGACCAUCAUCCGGUACCUGUGUAUUCCUUUUCCCAAUCAGUGGACAAGGCUCUCUUAACUCAGAGGGGUGCUUUAAUUCCAUCAGAAGAAAAACAUCACGUUGUGGUUUUUACUUUUUCCUCUACACGGGUAAAAACUAUUGCAAACGGAAAAAAUGAUGGGCAUAUUGAGUCUGUGGAUUCCGUUAGUGGAACAGAAAAUUUACAAAAGUGUACCAUGACGCAUGCAAGUAGUAAACCUGCCUAUACGGAAAACGUUUUACAGAAAAACAUGAGCAUACAUAUUGGUGAAAAUCUUUAUCAAUGUGAUAUAUAUGGGAAGACAGGACAGUUACAGACACACGUAUGGACACCUACUGGUGAUAAACCUUACAAAUGUGAUGUCUGUGGGCAGACUUUCAGUGUUAAAGGAAGCUUACAACAACACAUGGGGAUACAUACUUGUGAUAAACUUUAUAAAUGUGAUGUCUGUGGGAAGGCAUUUAGUCGGACAUUCAUAUUUCAGAAACACAUGAUGGUACACACUGGUGACGAACCUCUUGAAUGUGAGGUCUGUGGGAAGGUGUUUAAUGAAAAUGGAGACUUGCUGACACACCUGAGAAUACAUGCUGGUGAUAAACCUUACAAAUGUGGGGUGUGUGGAAAGGCAUUCAGUGUAAAAAGAAGCUUACAAAAACACAUGGGGACACAUACUGGUGAAAAACCUUAUAAAUGUGAUGUCUGCGGGAAGGCGUUCAAUCGAAGAGGACGCUUUAAGACACACACAAAGAUACAUACUGGUGAUGAACCUUAUGAAUGUGAUAUCUGUGGGAAGGUUCUCAUUGGGACAGAAACAUUACAGAUGCACAUGAGGACACAUUCUUGUGUUAAACCUUAUGAAUGUGGUGUGUGUGGGAAGUCUUUCCGUCGGACAGGAAUAUUACAGAGACACAUGAGGAUACAUACUGGUGAGAAACCUCAUGAAUGUGAUGUCUGUGGGAGGUCGUUCAGUCGGAAGGGAAUAUUACGGACACACAUGAGGAAACAUGCUUGUGAUAAACCUUAAAAAUGUGAAGUGUGUAGGGAGGCUUUGAAAUCGAGAGAAACAUUAUGGGAGCACAUGAGGAUACACUUCAGUGAUAAAUCUUAUCAGCGUCGGUAGGAAUUCGUACAUUCAGCCAGAAGACUAGCAAAAGCACAGAGGGACUGGUAAUGGUUUUAGAAAGGAGCUUACAUAGGCUAUGCCUGUUGCCCGAUCCUAUUGAGUUUCUCAAUAAAAUAUGUUUAUGAUUGUGAUUGAUUGAUGUUUUCUGCCACACUCAACAAUUUUUCAGUUAUCUGGUGGUGCCCAGUUUUUAUUGGUGGAAGAGAGAACCCAGAUACAAUGUACCUGGGAAGAGACGUCUCCACCAACCUUCCGAAAGUAACCAGGGAAACUUUCUCACUUAUCGGCUCGAGCGGGAUUCGAACGCACGCUGACAGAGGUGAGAGGCAGUGUGAUUUUGAGCACGAUGCUCUAACCACUUGGCCACAGAGGCCCCUUAACUACACUGGUAAUAAAUGUUAUGAAUGUGGUGUCUCUUGGAGUAGUUCAAUACAUUCAGGCAGGGGACUUCCAAAAGUCUGGUGAGAAAUCUUUGUUUAUGGCAGGGUAUGCCUCCGGGCAGAUAGAGGUCUUCCACCUCGAGAGGCAUGAGGAUACACUGGUCAUUGAGAAUGUUUUCAAACAGAUGGAAACAUUGCAGGGACAGAAAGGGACACGUACUAAUGGAAUUGCUUUAAAUGUGAAGUCUUUGGGAAGAUGUUUAAUCAAGACACAUUUUUAUAUACAGCACAGUUUACGUAUUGGUAACCUGAUUAAUACGAUAUUCAACCUGUUUAAUCAUACAAGAACAGCAGAAACAUACAGUACCAAACUUCCGCCAAUUCUUUGCUCACAAACUAAACUCUUCCAGUUAAGCAUUAUGGGAUAGCGAUUUCUUGGGAACUACAAAACUACGCGGCCGUGUAUACUGUGUAGAAUGGUGGAAAAACAUAACAUCAAACGUAAACAAUUCAAAUGAAGAACGUAAAAAUCAAGUUCAUUACUUUACACUAUAAUUUCCCCUACUUUUUAGCAUGUUUAGUAGUGCUGUACGAUAUUACCGGUAACCGGUGAAUUCCGAUUCUGUUGUUGGCAAUACGUUUAUCGCAAUAUUUUUAGCUCAUCUGAGCUGAAAGCUCAAGUGAGCUUUUCUGAUUGUCUGUUGUCUGUCCAUCCAUCUGUCUGUAAAUUUUUUACAUUUUCGACUUUUUCUCCAGAAUCACUGGGCCAAUUUCAAUCAAACUUGGCCAAAAGCAUCCUUGGGUAAAUGGCUUUAAAGUUUGUUCAAAUGAAGGGCCAUCUCCCUUAUCCAAGGGGAAAUAAUCACAAAAAUGCAAAAAUAGGGUGGGGUCAUUAAAAAUCGUCUUCUCAAGAACCACUGGACCAGAAAAGCUGAAAUUUACAUGAAAGCUUCCUGACAUAGUGCAGAUUUAAGUUUGUUAAAAUCAUGGCCCCCGGGGGUUGGAUGGGGCCACAAUAGGGGAUCAAAGGUUUACAUAGAAAUAUAUAGGGAACAUCUUUUAAGAGCUAAUGGGCUAGGAAAGUAAAAAUUUCAUAAUGCUGAUUCAAGUUUGUUAAUAGCAUGGUCGCAGGGGGGAAGGAUGGGGCCAUAAUAGGGGAUCUUCUCAAGAACCACUGGGCCAAAAAACUUUACAUUUACAUGGAAAAAAACUCCUGACAUAGUACAGAUGUAAGUUUGUAGAAACCAUGCCCCCCCCCCCCCCCCCCCCCCCCACCAGGGGUAGGGUGGGAGUCAAAAUAGGGAUCAAAGUUUACAUAUGAAUAUAUUGGGGACAUUUUUUAAAUAUCUCAUGUGAGCGAUGUGGCCCAUGGGUCUCAUUUUGUUUCCACGUCCAUUGCUCUUUGAAGUUUCAUUCGGUCUGUUUCAAUGGAUUUCUAGAA